AAUAAUGUUAUCUUGUAAAUAAACAGAAACAUUACUCAAAGUCAUGGUCAUCUUCUUUAGAAGUGUUCAAUAAGCAACACAUGCACAAAGUUCACUUAUUAUAAGGAUUUUAUCGGUAAUAUCUGUAUAGAUCUAGAUCUAGAUCUAGACUAAAUAUGGGAGGGUCAGAAAGUAAAAGCACGGAUGUGAAGCACGAACUACUAUUCGACGAAGAGGAGAAGAGUCGAGUCAGCUCAGUUUUUGCUUCAAUUUCACAUGGGAAGAAAUCAUUCAAUAAGGAACAGUUUCUGCAUUUUACAAGUACUGUGUUGGACACAUUCACCAGUAGUCGCAUGUAUGACUUGAUAGAGGGACCAUUGCCGCCUCAUCGACAACAGCAUCACCAACGACGCCACGCACAUCAUCAGCACCGUGGCCAUGAGAUACAACUGCAACAUUUUGCAUCACAUCUGGGCUUACUGCUAAAGGGAAACAUCACUGAUCUAGCUCAUUCAUGUAUAUUUCUGGCUUCAACCACACCUGAUUCAGUUUCAGGCCCAAAUCUUGUCAAGUUGGUGACGAAUGUGCUUACCAGCUAUGAGCGAGUGCUCCAUGCCCACUGCACUGCAUACCAGAGCUGGAUGUUCGCUGCAUCCAAAGGUUCUCAUGACAAUCUUGCCAACUCAUUGUUGAAAGAUCUUCUGCAUUCAGAUGGCAGAUCUGUGAGCGGGACUGGCGAAAAAGAGGAAACCUCCAAAAUGUUUGAUGUGUCUGAUAUAGAGCAAUGGCUGUCUCGCAGUUCCCUCUUCACACAAGUCUUACGUCAAGUGUUUGAUGGAGCAUUCCAGUUUUAUCAUGUGGAGCCGCAGGAGAUGGUGUUUGCCCCCAAAGUGCCUCACGUGCGGGACACCAACUGGUCACAGUGCCGCACGGUGCUGGACUUCCCUACAGUGCUCUUUCUCAACUUCUCCGUCCCCCCUCUACUGCAAACUCAGUGGAAACUACUGUUCAACAGCACGCUGCAUGGAGCUAGCUUCUCACAGCUAUUGCAGCGAGUACGCGGCAAGGGGCCAACAUAUUUGAUUGUGAAAGAUAAAAAUGGCAAUGUGUUUGGGGGAUUUGCUUCAAUUCCCUGGGAAAUCAACCCGAAAUUUACUGGUGACUCUUCUUGUUUCCUGUUCAAAGCCUGCCCUGACUACAGUAUAUACCGGCCCACUGGUUACAAUGAAAACUUUAUGUAUUUAAACCACCGUGUACAGACACUGCCAAAUGGUUUGGGCAUGGGAGGACAGUUGGAGUAUUUUGGCUUAUGGAUAGACCAGGAAUUUGACAUUGGUCACAGUAAAGCUGGCGCUAAAGGUUGUACGACAUACGGUAGCCCUCAACUUUCUGGCGAUGCUGAAUUUCAAGUGGAUUGCCUUGAGGUCUGGGCCAUAGGAAAAGAGAAGCGGAAAGAUGGGGAGGAGGAUGAGGAUGAGGAAGAAGACACUGCUGACAACGCUAAGGGCGGCGAGAAAAGCAUCCUGGACAAGAUGAGUUCGGAAGACAAGGCUAUCCUUGAAAUGGUAGACCGGGGCACUAUCAGUGAUGCUAUGCGAGAAGAGCCGAUCGUUGAGGAGACUGCUGCUCACAAAAGCAUUAUCUCCCCGUUUUGAUCUUUGAAAUUAUGAAGUUAAUUCGUUCUUUGAAACUUUAAAUGAGAGACUGUGUUAACGGUUGAAAUAAUGGUGUUUUUUUUAAUGCGGAAAAAGUGUUCUAUUGUAGUAUUUUACAUUUUCUGUCUCACUCAGAGAGAAAUUUUUUUUUUCAGAUAUACAGCUUGUACCCUCUUUUCUGGUAUGCAUUAGCCUUACUACUGUUGUCUUAGUGAACAUUUGCUCAGUUCUUCUUUGAUGUAACACUAAGCCAGUUAAUGAAAUUUUCACUGGUUAGUGUGCUUACAUGGUCACAAAGUGGAUGGGCCUCUCAGGAUGUCUAACAGACCGAGACAGAACAAGAGUAUGUAUUGGCAUCAACAAAAUAUCAUCCACAACAAUUAUAGACACAGUCAAAGUCAAAUUACAAAAGCGAAAGUUAACAGUCACAGCAGAAUAUCUUGUUAUAGCCAUGUCUUGCUAUUGCUGGAGUCGAAAAGGGAUGCCUCUCUGAGGAAAUAGCAUGUGCCUAGACUGCAGAUAGAACAUUUCCAUAUUUGAAUAAUUUGAGCAUUUGUCCGUUACCCUGUACACAUUACAGAAAGAUUUCCACUUUUCAAUAAUUUGAGCAUUUUUCUAUUACCAUUUCCGGUGUAGGCGGCAAAAAAUUUAGCCAAAUCCUUAUUUGAUCUGGUUUGAUCCAUUUGAGGGAUAGAGCUGGCCAGGGCACAUUAUAUCAAAUUGACUUCUACUUUGCUUAAUUAAAUUUGACCCAAAAUUUAUUGGGACCUAUCACCUUCGAAACGCAAAUAAAAGUUCUAAUCAUUG